AGUUUGCGCGCUUCACUCGGUUACACCAGAUUUCCAGUUCGAAUUGGUAUAACGUCGGUAUUUUUAGACUCCGCGAAGGAUGUUUAACGAAAAAUUUGGGACACGUGCCUUAUAUUAACACGUUCCGUAUUAAUUUGGACAUUUGGAAUUUUUUUUUAUUAAAUUACUGUUAAUUGUUGACGAUGUUCGUCCGCGGAGUGCGGUUUUGAAAAGCUAAAAAGGCGCGGUUUGGGUGCGCUCGUGGCCCCUAUUAGUGUGUUGAAAAUGCCUCUGUUUAAGAAAAAAGUUGAGAGGAAAAAAUCUCUCAGUAGGAAAGAGAUUUCUCUCGCUCGUCUAGAAAAUUUUAGGAGGGAAGUUAUUACCGAUGACCAUAAAGUGGCUUUAAGUGACCUGUGCAGAAGGCUUCACACGGACCGGGAAAAUGGUUUAACAACGGAACAAGCAACUUCUGUACUACAAAAGACGGGACCAAAUGUUUUGACGCCUUCCCAUAAAACCCCGGAAUACAUUAAGUUUAUUAGAACAUUAACACAAGGAUUUUCUCUGCUGCUUUGGAUCGGGGCAGCGUUAUGUUUCACAGCGUGCCUUAUAAGAAAAUUUACAACCAACGAAACGGACACCGACAAUCUUAUAUUAGGAUGCGUGCUUGUGGUGGUUGUCGUCGUAACGGGAUGUUUUAUGUACUUUCAAGAACAUAAAAGUCACAAGAUUAUGGAAUCGUUUGCCAAUAUGGUACCACCAAAAGCCACUGUUAUAAGGGGAGGAGAGACUAUGACGAUAGUUUCGAAGGAUCUCGUAGUAGGAGAUCUCGUAGACCUAAAGUUUGGAGAUCGAAUCCCGGCUGACGUAAGAAUUAUACAGUGCCAAGGAUUUAAGGUAGACAAUUCGGCAUUGACAGGGGAAUCAGAACCGCAAAACAGGGGUGUCGAUUGCUCAAGCGACAAUCCUUUGGAAACAAAAAAUUUCGCGUUUUUUUCAACCAACGCAGUUGAAGGAACCGCUAAAGGUAUUGUCGUCGCAACCGGCGAUCAAACCGUAAUGGGCAGGAUAGCGGGGUUAACAGCCCGAUUACAGCCGAAUAAAACGCCCAUAGCGCAAGAGUUGGAGCAUUUUAUGAAAAUUAUCAGCGUGUGGGCGUGCUUCCUGGGCGUUAUUUUUGGGUCCGCCGCAUUGGGCAUGAAUUAUUCCUGGAUUGAAGCCUCUUUGUUCUUGAUUGGCAUCAUUGUUGCCAACGUUCCUGAAGGUCUUCUGGCAACUGUGACCGUGUGUCUGUCGGUAACUGCGAAACGUAUGGCGGCCAAAAAUUGCCUCGUCAAGAACUUGGAAGCUGUUGAAACGUUAGGAUCAACGUCUAUAAUUUGUUCCGACAAGACGGGCACAUUAACGCAGAACAAAAUGACGGUGUGUCAUUUCUGGUGCAGCAAUCAAAUCAUGUGCGCCGAUUCUACCCCGGAACAAAAUGAUGCAAAAGGUUACAAUAAAGUCGAAGCUUUUAGGACCCUGAUGCGGUGUGCCACGCUGUGUAACCGUGCGGAAUUUAUUCACGGUGAAGAAAAUUUACCGAUCCAGUUGAGAAAAGUCAGAGGUGAUGCGUCGGAAGAGGCAAUCUUGAAAUUCGUCGAGCUAUCCCAUAUUCACGGGUCUCCGACCGAUUUCAGGCACAAGAACCCAAAACUACUCGAAAUACCAUUUAGCUCUACUACAAAAUAUCAGAUUAGUAUUCAUGCCAUGGAGGACGGCCAUGUUCUUGUUGUUAUGAAAGGAGCACCCGAACGUAUUUUGGCUAGGUGUUCCCACAUUUGCAGCGAAUCUGGCACGAAAGAAAUGACUGACGAAAUGCGGGAAGUUUGCGACAAAGCGUGUACAGAACUAGCGGAGAAAGGAGAAAGAGUCUUGGGUUUCGCCGACUUGGUUUUGGAUAGUUCUUACACGAAAGAUUACAAAUUCUGUGCCGAACCUCCUAAUUUCCCGCGCACCAACCUCAGAUUUGUAGGUUUUAUGUCCUUGAUAGAUCCCCCGAGACCGCAAGUGCCCGAUGCCGUGGAACGUUGUAGAAGUGCUGGAAUUCGGGUGGUCAUGGUCACAGGAGAUCAUCCUAUUACAGCAAAGGCAAUUGCCCGCGAAGUGGGCAUAAUAAGCUGCGAAGAAGUUAUCGACGCGUUCAACAUCAAUAUCAUCGAAACGUUACCAUCGAAUUUGAAAAACAAGGCAAUUGUUAUCCACGGUUCGGCAUUAAGGGACAUGAAUAACGACGAGCUGGACAGAAUUCUUUACAACUUUAAAGAAAUUGUAUUCGCUAGGACUUCGCCCACUCAGAAGCUACAUAUUGUGGAAGGAUGUCAACGCUUAGGAGAAAUUGUUGCCGUUACCGGGGAUGGUGUAAAUGAUGCUCCGGCUCUUAAGAAGGCAGAUAUUGGCAUUGCGAUGGGUAUUUCGGGCUCCGAGGUAUCCCAGCAGUCCGCUGACAUGAUAUUGUUGGACGACAAUUUUGCAUCUAUCAUAACAGGGGUGGAAGAAGGCAGAAAAAUUUUUGAUAAUUUAAAGAAAUCGAUUGCCUACACGUUGGCUUCGAAUGUACCGGAAAUCUUGCCAUUUUUGGCUUUCGUAUUAUUAAACAUUCCACUACCAUUAGGUGUUAUGGCUAUUUUGUGUAUAGACUUGUUAACUGAUAUGCUGCCAGCAAUAAGUUUAGCCUACGAGAAAGCGGAAAGUGAUAUCAUGCUUAGGCCGCCCCGAAAUCCAAGAAAAGACAAGCUGGUUACCAGGAAAUUAUAUUUUUUGGCUUAUGGGCAUAUCGGACUGGUGGAAGCAUUGGGAGGAUUUUUCGUCUAUUUCGCCAUCAUGGCGGAACACGGAUUUAUGCCCAGGAAACUGUUUGGACUUCGUGAAGAAUGGGAUUCAGAGUCCAUUAACGAUUUAAUGGAUUCGUACGGACAGGAAUGGACAUAUGAACAUCGCAAAGAUUUGGAAUACACGUGUUACACUGCUUUCAUGAUAUCUGUCGUAGUUACGCAAUGGCUCGACUUAAUCGUUUGCAAGACUAGAAUUAAUUCCAUAGUUACUCAAGGCAUGGGCAACAUGAUUCUCAACAUCAGUUUGGUUGUGGAAACUGUGGUAGCGUGCAUGCUGUCCUAUCUUCCCAAAAUGAACUAUUUGAAGUUUUAUCCGGUGUUAUUCAGAUGGUGGUGUUACUCGAUUCCAUUUGCAUUAUUCAUAUUUAUUUUCGACGAGUUUAGAAAAUGGAGGAUACGGAACAAUCCCGACGGAUGGUAUAGAAAAGAGACGUAUUAUUAGACUAGUUUUAAUAGGUUAUUCGUAGACUGAUUCGUUACCGUAUUAUGUUUAUUAAAUUGUAUUAGGCUAUGUUUCAAGACGUGAGUAACAUAUUCGAGCGAUGACCACUUUGUUUUUGGUCAUUUUAACAAACUAAUAAUUGUUCCUUGUCUUUGUCCUAGAUUUAGUUUGCAUUAAACUAUAGGCUUUCUUAAAUAGUUUUAAAAUUAUUUGUGUGUAAUUUUAUUUAAUUCACUUAAGGUUUUUGAAGAUUACGCUAGCAUGAAUUUUAAUAUUGAAUUACGUGAAUAAACUUCAAAAGUUAUCGACAAUGGGUCUGUUUCGCCUUUUUUUUUUAAUUUUGACAAUCGAAACUAGAACAUGCCGAUAUAUAAAAUUUCAUUUUUUUUUGGUGAAUCCUUAAAGCCCUUAAAUGGAAUUGCAUCGCCAAGCCCUCGCGGUGUUUCGGGGUAUGAGUGUAAUAAUUUAAAGUGAGUGGGAAGAAAGUGUUGAGUGGUUUAAAAUUGCCUCAAUACUUCAAGCAAUGUUCAUCAUCAUCAGUCUUCUUCUCUUGUCUACUGUCGACCACAGGCUUGCCCAGUAUGUUCCAAUCUCUCCUUUUCUGUGUCGUCUGCAUCCAAUCUGUUCUUAUUUCUUUAAGAUCAUAGGGGGUCUCGUUCUAGUAUUUUCUUUGUCCCUCUGCCGCCCUGUAGCUUCGCAAUAUAUCUCUCCCAUCUCCACUUCGCAUUUCUGAUAUAUUCCAUUAUAUUUUCCACUGUUGUUCUAUGACGAAUUUCUUCGUUGAGCAUUGAUCUUGCCAUACAUUUGUGUAACAGAAUCCCAAUAAAACUAACAGAGAUGUGUAAAACUUUAAAGAAUGGUAGACCCCGGGACGAGGAAAUAUCCCUAGAGAAUAUAUGACACGCAAGCUGACUGAGUAGAAGUAAACAUCCACAAGGCUGAGUAUAGCUCCACUGGAGGGUAAUAACAAGACCUACUAACAACGGGACAAGUCAUUAAGCAUUGCAGAGUGUACAAAUAUUUGGAAAUGAAAAUCUCCCAAGACGGAACACUGAACGAAGCGAUAUCUGAGAAAAACGUUCAGUAUAUUAUUGGACAAAAACAUGCAUGACAAUAUCAAAAAAGGAAUCUCUAGGGCUUGUAGUUUUCGAGGUUAGUGUUGCUCUCUUUUUCAAACGGUUCAAUCAUAAUUGCGUUAUUCCAAUUUGUGAGGAUAUUUAUGAAUUUUAUGUUUUUGAUGGCGUGUUUGAUUUCUUCUGGUAUAUCUUCCGAUUCUACAUUUUGCGCUUUUCCGAUUUGUCCCUCUUCUACAUUAACCAGUUUCUUACAUAUUGUUUUUCCAAAAUGUAUUUUAAUUACUUGCAUGUUGCUAUUUGCUUCGAUUGUUUCUAUGAUUUUCACUUCUUUGUAUUUUCUUACAUUUUUCUUUAUGGCUUUGUUUAACUGUUUUAUUUCUUGCUGGUUUGUGUUCUCUAUUCCUAUGAGUGUUCUUCUUGUUCCCAUUUUGAUCUUUGUUUUAUUACUAAUUUUUUACCUUUUUUCAAUUUUUGGGCGCAACUAAUUUUGGUAUCUUUUAUUGCAUGUGUCUUCUGGUUCAUUCAGAUCGGAAUUCGAGUGGGUUUCGUAGAGGAGCCCAUGCAUUAUUUUGCUCCUUUUAAAUCAUUUUGGGUCUUUCGAUUUGCUUGUUAAUUUCUAUAGUAGCUCUUAAUCUGCUUAAUAGACUUUAGCUUUAAAAUCGCUACACAUAAUGUUAAAGUAUGAUGGGUUAUUUUUAGGGGCCGUCGUUUUAUCUUCGCCGUUACUGUCUGAAGUUGGUGAUCUACGUCUUUAUAUAGGGGUGUCUUCCUCUUAAAUGCGGCACACUGUAUAUUAUAAUAUAGUUAGCUGUCUGCCAUACUCCUAACAUAACCUAUUAAUUAUCCGUGCAAUUUGAUUCGUUGUAUUUAAAUUAAAAAUAAUAACUUCUGGUAAAUUUGAGGAAUCUUCAAUACUGUUUCAAGUGAAUAUAUUACAAAAACACUUAAACAACAAUAUUACUAUAAAAAUCAAAUACACCACACCCAGUGGAGGGCAUGACGUCAGGAACCCGUCGACGCUAACUAAAUAACUUCAAAACGGAGGAAGCUAAAACGUCGAAAAUUUUAUAGCCUGCUUUAAUGACAAAAUGGUAUCGAAUUAAGUCAAAAAAAAAGAGUGCAAAUUCAAAUGUUGCAAACAAGCCCGUUGUUCAAAUCUACAAAACUGUGCAUUAUCAAAUCAUUUAUUCGCUAGUUCCAUUCGCCUUAAAAUAUUGUCGAAUCUAUUUUUCCCAUGUAAUUUUUUGCCAUGGAGUAAAUUGAUGGACUUCACAGUCAUAUUGGGAUCUAAGAAGUGGGUAUUUUAAUUUUAAAAUAAAAUUUGUAUAAUAACUUUACUAAUUGUGUUGCUAAAUAAAAAAAAAUCAAUUCAUAUUCUGAUGUGUAUUAAUUGUGUUUUAAUCGUAAUAAAAAAUAUCAUGUCGGAUUAUCCAUUAUAUGUAAUAUGAUUUCCAAUGAA